AUGAAAAACAAUGUACAAGUCAAAGAUGAACCAGUUGAAAUACAAGUCAAUGAAUUACUUCGUUUAUACGGUUAUAAUUUAACAAAUCAAUCACCAAUAAAAACUCCUCGAACAAAGUCAAUUGUUAAUCAAGAACAAGAACCAUCGACAUGCGCUUGGUGCCAAAAAUUAGGUGUACGUUCAUUUACAUUACGUACUGAUAAUGAUGAUUCAAAAACAUUAUGUAGUGAAGUAUGCUUCAAUCAAUAUCGUCGAGCAUCGUUCAAAAAGAAUAAAGGCCCAGAAUCUGAUAUUGAUCACAACACAUUACCUGUUGUAUCAACAAUAAAAAGUAGGCUAUCAUGCAAUAAUAUUAAGUCUCCGGAAAAGAAAAAUGGUAUUAGUAAAUGUGAACAUCCAUUGAACGAUGCAAAUCGACGAAAAAUCGUUCCGCCACUUCGUCGUCCAACGCCCACAAUACCCAAACCUAAAACGAAUGGUACCACUCGAAAAUUCUCGUCAUCACCACCACCACCAUCGAAACGUGUUCGAUCAUCUUCGCCAUCAUCAUCAUCGUCAUCAUCAUCAUCAUCAACGCCUCCUUUCAACCGAAAAGCUCCUCGUAUUGAACAAGCACCAUCAAUUUCUUCAAAUCUACCUGUUAGUCUCACAUGGCAACCUUCACUCCUUCUACCAUCUAGUAUUGCUUGGCCAUCACCCGUCGAUGUCAAUCGUUUUCAAUAUCCAUUUUUCGUUCCUCCUCUUCCUCCUGCUCCACCUUCACUUCUACCACCACCACCACCACCACCACCAUCAUCAAUAGCUCCUAUCACAUCCUCUGAUACAUCAUCAUCAAGUUUAUUUACAACACUAACAAAAGGAGCAUUAUCGAAUUUUACUUGUAUUCUACCAACAUUUAUCCCAUUGCCUAUUCCAAUACCGAUUCCACUUUGUUUUCCUAUUCAACUACCGCGUACUAAAUGUUCAAUUGAAGUCAAAGAUCAAGCAUGUCAAACGUUAUCUGAUGAUAAUAUCAAACCAAAAUUCACACGAAGAUCAUCUAUUUAA